AAAAAUAUGUAAUGGUGUGUGACAAUUCUGUUCUGUUUUACGGCCGCCAACAUGCGGUUAGAGUACAAUCUCUGAUGCUGGCGAGAUACAGUGGGCCACCAGAAGGAAGAUAAUCCUCAAACUGUACUCCAUAAUCUACGUAAAAUACCAAAAACUUCCCUGCCACCGACUCUUGCUACGCGGGUCAUCCGAAAUUUAAACAUCAAAAGGAUUUUAGAAUUCAGACUUCACACCACAACUGACAACUACCAUGAUGACGCCUAAAAGUUCCACGGCGGGAAGGGAGCUGUCUUGUCGCUUUUUAUUUAACGGGACAUUUUUCUUUUUCGAAUGAAUUUUAUUACAAAGAGUAUGCAAAGUGACGAUAAGAGGCAGUCUGCAUCAAAACCUGGCGAAACCGGAGAUCAGAAUCAGUUCAAGCGCGUCGCUUGCUUGGCAGUUGUUAUUUAUGCACUCGCACGCGUGCGCGCUGGUCAGCUUAAGUGUCCAGAGAUGUGUUAAUAUGCCAACAGAGUUCAUUUAUAGAAAUGAUGAAACAAUUAAUUUACUUAGACUCCACUUUUUGUAGAAAAUGGGAGGAUUAUAUAUUGGAUUAACACUCAUGCUGACUUUCAAUAUGGUUGUAGGAACGGGGCGUUUGGAGGUUUCAAUUUUAGCAGUCUUCAAUGAGAGUGGACAGAUGGCAGAGGGAAAUUGUUGCUUGGAAUCACGUGAUGAUGGUUCAUGCCCCUCACUUUGUCACACUUUAUUCACUAUCUGUCUCCAGCACUACACCGUUAAUAUCCCAGAAUUCCCUUCGUGCACGUACGGACGUGCCGUUAUCCCUGUUAUCAACAGCACUUCGGUUGGUGGCACGGCUGCGACAAAAAACACAUAUUUAGUCAAAAUUCCAUUCCAGUUUUCUUGGCCAAGAACAUUUUCUUUAGUGAUAGAUGCGUGGUACAACAUUCAUCCCAACCUCACCAUGGCCACAGAAGAUCUUUCAAAUAGAAUUCUGCGAACGGUAGCCACAGACAAACUAACUCCUCCUUCUCAGUGGGUGAAAAAGAUAGCAAAGACCUCUCAGCUCGAAAUAUCUUACGAAUACCGCGUACUUUGUGACGAAUUUUACUAUAGCGACACCUGUGCACAGAUUUGUAGACAUAGGAAUGAUAACUUCGGUCACUAUGUUUGCGAUGAAAUGGGUUCUAAAGUAUGUCUUCCCGGAUGGCAAGGAGAAUUCUGUCAAGAAGCGGUUUGUACAGCACAGUGCAAUACAAGUCGAGGAUACUGUGAGAAACCUUUUGAGUGUAGGUGUUUCCUUGGUUGGACUGGGGAGUCUUGCAGUCAAUGUAUUCCACACCCCGGUUGUUUGAACGGUCUGUGUUACGAACCAUGGCAAUGUAUCUGCAAAGAUGGUUGGGGUGGCAGAUACUGCAAUAUAGAUCAACACUACUGUAUCAAGCAUCGGCCGUGUAGAAAUGGAGGGACUUGUAAUAAUGACGAAAGCAAGAAUUUCACAUGCGCGUGUUCGACAGGAUAUACUGGUCGUACGUGUGAAAACGUCAUCUGCUUUGACAGUUACUGUCAAAAUGGCGGACGAUGUCAAGGGACCUCAGAAAAUGAUGUCAAAUGUUUAUGUCCGGAGGGAUUCUACGGACAGCACUGUGAACAUAAGAAGUAUUCUUGUAAAGAUAUACAGUGCGCUAAUGCUGGUGUGUGCACUGAUGGCAAAUACGGCGCAAAUUGUUCUUGUGUAGAGGGCUUUGAAGGGAAAUACUGCGAAAAUGAAAUCGAUGAGUGCCUAUCAAAUCCAUGUGCAAAUGGUGGCACCUGUUUGGAUGGAUUCAAUAAUUUCAUCUGUCGCUGUAGGGAAAACUACAUGGGUAAAACAUGUGCAAUAAUUAUGGACCCCUGCCAUGGCAUCACGUGCUUCAAUGGCGGACGAUGUGUCACUACAGUCGGCUUCCAGGCGGAGUGCGCAUGCCCUCAUGGGUUCACCGGAAAACGAUGUGGAUCCAGGACUAACGUGUGCAAAAAUGUUAAAUGUCAUAAUGGUGGAACUUGUGUGAACAGCAGAGUAGGAGACCACAGUUGUGCUUGUUUAAAUGGUUUCCAUGGAGACCUUUGUGAACUGUCAACACCACAGUGUACCCAAAUUUCUUGUCAAAAUGGUGGCAUUUGCAAACAGUACAUAAACCACACUGUUUGCAUUUGUCCGUCUGAGUUCGCUGGCGAAAAAUGUGAAAGUUCUCUUAUGGAGUUUGACGAAAGAUUUUUAGACUCGUUUUCUCAAAACUCAUGUGCAAAGUAUUAUUUUUCAUAUUGGCCUAUUCUUUUGAUAUUAUUCCAGCUAAUGGUUCCUCCGUAAUUUUAAUUCCUAUAAGAUAUCAACGGCCGGUGACUUCAGUAUUCUUUAUCAAGUUUUCAUAAUGUUCUUUGAAUAGUUGAUUACAUACAGAUUUCAUUCCUUUACAUUUGUAUUUAUUUUGAUAUAAUGAAUGUAUAUAGAGCAAUUCUGUACCCAUACUAACUUUAGUGUCUAUAGUGCCACGAUCAGGAUACAGCCUAUAGUGCCACGAUCAGGAUACAGCCUAUAGUGCCACGAUCAGGAUAUAGUCUAUAGUGCCACGAUCAGGAUACAGCCUAUAGUGUCAUGAUCAGGAUACAGCCUAAUAGUGCCACGAUCAGGAUACAGCCUAUAGUGUCACGAUCAGGAUACAGCCUACAGUGUCAUGAUCAGGAUACAGUCUAUAGUGUCAUGACCAGGAUACAACCUAUAGUGCCACGAUCAGGAUACAGCCUAUAGUGCCACGAUCAGGAUACAGCCUAUAGUGCCACGAUCAGGAUACAGCCUAUAGUGCUAUGAUCAGGAUACAGUCUAUAGUGCCAUGAUCAGGAUACAGUCUAUAGUGCCACGAUCAGGAUAUAGUCUAUAGUGUCAUGAUCAGGAUACAGUCUAUAGUGUCAUGAUCAGGAUAUAGUCUAUAGUGCCACGAUCAGGAUACAGUCUAUAGUGUCAUGAUCAGGAUACAGCCUAUAAUGCCACGAUCAGGAUACAGCCUAUAGUGUCACGAUCAGGAUACAGCCUAUAGUGCCAUGAUCAGGAUACAGUCUAUAGUGCCACGAUCAGGAUAUAGUCUAUAGUGUCAUGAUCAGGAUACAGUCUAUAGUGUCAUGAUCAGGAUAUAGUCUAUAGUGCCACGAUCAGGAUAUAGUCUAUAGUGUCAUGAUCAGGAUACAGUCUAUAGUGUCAUGAUCAGGAUAUAGUCUAUAGUGCCACGAUCAGGAUACAGCCUAUAGUGUCAUGAUCAGGAUACAGCCUAUAGUGUCAUGAUCAGGAUACAGCCUAUAGUGUCAUGAUCAGGAUACAGUCUAUAGUGUCAUGAUCAGGAUACAGCCAUGAAGGUGUUCUAGGAUACACUGUAAAUAUGUGCAUCCAUAUCUUAGAUAAGUUUUUUAUCCCUGUGAACUUAGAUAUAUGUAUGUUGUUCGGACUAUCUUUAAAUGGUUGUGUAUGAUAAUUGCCAUUAUAUUGAUUUAAUUUUGGAAGUGUUCUAUUUGUAUAAAUGUGACCUUUCACAAUCCAAUGAAUAUCAAUAUUUCUAAAGUAUGGCUGUCUUCAGUAGUUUGUGAAACUACUAUUGUAUAUUUGUAUAAUUAUUGAGAGAGAAAGCCAUUGUUAACUUAUCUGUCUCUAGGAUGUAUAAUAUUCAUUCACAUUGUUCUAUUAUAUGAAAUCACAAACAUCAGCAUCUCUAUCAAUAUUAUCAUAUAAUGAAAUGAAUAUAAACCUGAAUUAUUUU